UCCUGAAAUACGUUUAAAAGGUCAUACAAGAGAAGGUUAUGGUUUAUCAUGGAAUUCAAAUGCUAAUGGACAUUUACUUAGUGCAGCUGAUGAUCAUACUGCUUGUUUAUGGAAUAUAAAUAUGCAACCACAACAAGGAAAAAAUUUAGAUGCUUUAUCGAUUUAUACUGGACAUUCAAUGGUUGUUGAAGUAAUAAAAUUCUUAGAACAAACAUUAAUCUGUCCCUAUCUCAAUAUUUUCUUAUUAAUGAGAGUUCAUUAG